AUGAGCGGAGGGCGCGUUAACGCGUCGCGACGCGGAGUCAGGCUCACGUGGUUGCGAAAGUCAACGGCUGCGCGAUGUCAGCCACAACUUGGGGAAAUGAAUAACAUCGGAGAGGGGCCGGAUGUCCGCUCGGUUGACUGGAUCUGGGCUGCCCUCAACAAGCUCGCCAUCCGUGGCAUUCGCUCCUUCGACGACAAACAUGUUCAAGUCAUCGAGUUCUACUCUCCUCUCACCGUCAUCGUUGGUCACAAUGGCAGUGGCAAGACGGUGAGCUGCUUAAAGGUUGUGGAGGUAGCUGACGACCAGACGAUCAUCGAAUGUCUCAAGUAUGCAACGACAGGUGACCUUCCCCCAAACACCAAAGGAGCUGACAAUCAGAUGGCGAACGAGAAGGAAGUGAAGGCUCAAGUACGCCUGCGCUUCUGGAACGUGAACCGCCAGCGUAUGACAGUCACCCGCAGUCUCCAGGUCACGACGAAGAAGACAGGUGGCCUGACGAUGAAAACGCUGGAGGGACUGCUUGCCAAGACCGACGGCAACGACGGCAAGUGCUCCGAGAUGGACGAGGAAGUUCCACUCCUGCUCGGUGUCUCCAAGGCGAUCCUCGAGAACGUCAUCUUCUGCCACCAGGAAGACUCCAACUGGCCUCUGUCCGAGCCCGCCGCCCUCAAGAAGAAGUUCGACGACAUCUUCGAGGCGACCAAGUAUACUAAGGCGUUGGACAACAUCAAGCAGCUGAAGAAACAAGGUGCCCAGGACCUCAAGGUGGAGAAUGAGAGACUUACCCAUCUCAAGAAGGACAAGAACCGAGCGGAUGCGGAUAUCGAGGAGAUGAUCGCCAAGGAGAAUGCGAAGCAGACCGAGGUCGAGCGUCUCAACGAAGUGUACCAGCGUAUCAAGGAGGAGAACUUCGAGUUUGCCCAGCAGGCGACAAGUUUCAACACCAUCUUCGAGCACGUCACUAUGCUCGAGAAGGAGAAGAAGAUGCACGAAUCCUACCGAGACACGAUUUUGGAGGGGACGACUAUCCUCAAUGAUCUGAAGCGUCAGUAUGAGAACUUCGAUGCCCACUUGAAUUCCAUCGAGUCUAAGCGCGACAAGCAGACGGAACUGCGUGACAAGGAGGACCAUGCGCUGAGGGACUUGCGGAGGCGCGAAAACAAUCUGAUCAGUACGCAAGGUGGGCUACAGGCCAACCGCAAGCGGAAUGUGAAGGAGCGCGAGGCAGCCGUCCGAAACUUGGCGAAGCAGCAUAACUUCUCGGGCUUCGAUUACAGCCCGCUUGAGGACACAAAAGUGGCUGACUUCAUCGAAAAGCUUCAGGAGCUUGUCCGCAAGGCCGAGUCUGAUCUGAAGCGCAUACAGAUGGACGGUGUGCGCAAGGAACGUGAGCUGCAGGCGGAACUCGAUCACCUGUCCAGUGUCAAGACAGCCGCCGUCACCACUAAGCAGAGCAAGCUUGACCAGAUCCUGAGCAGCCGUAUUCAUCACAUGGAGGCGACCUUCGACUCAGUCAGCUCGGUUGACGCAGACAUCAGUGUACUUGCGAACGAUCUCGAGGCAUCUGAGCAGCGGCGAGACCGAUUGGAUGAGGAGAUCAGGAAUGCGAAGUACGAUGAUCAGAUGCGUGAGCGUGGCGCUGCCAUUCGCCAGAAGGAGCUGGAGAAGGACAAGAUCAACGCCGAGCUGUCGGCUCUGAACCGGCAGGCCGAUACACGAGCUCAGCUGAGUAUCAAGCGGACGGAGAUCGAGUCCAAGACGGCUCAGGUUGAUGCAUCACGGCGUGAGCGCGAGUUGCAAGAGGCUGAGGCCACGGCGGCUGCCAGUAACCGGACACUGUCCCAGCUGCAGACAUCUCUCCAUAUUGCUAAACAGAGUCUCCAGUCGAAAACCGGCGAGCUGACGCCGGCCAGCCGUCCAUCGAGGACGCCAUCAAGGAGGCGGAGACGGAGGUCAACAUCCGUCAAGAAGACGUCUGUCAAGUUCUACAAGAAGAUUCUGGACCUGGGCAAAACAAAGAAGAAGUGUCUGGGAUGUGACCGUGCAAUUCACGACAACGAGAAGCCUCACUUUGAAGCAUAUCGUUGUUCGACUGGUAACAUGGACGAGGUCAAAGAGGAGUUGGAGCAGUGGCAGACCGAGUUGACAAACUUGCGCAAGCACGUGCCCUCUGUUGCGCAAGCCAAGCUUCUGAAGGAGAAGGAAAUCCCCGAUCUGCAGCGCCAGAUCAAGGAGGAGUCCGCGAAGCUCGAGACUGUGCAGACCGAAGUGGAAGAGAAAGCCAAGCUCGCGACCUGUGACCUGCAGAACAUGAGGAGUGCAGCGACAGUUGUCACUCGUACAGUUGGUGAGAUCAAGGAUCUCAAGAUCGACGUUCAACGUCUCGAGCGCGAUCUGCAGGGCUCCGGCUCUGUGAAGACUGUCGAAGAGGUUCAGCGCGAGCGAGAGCAGAGCUCCCUUUCCUCCGAGAAGGAGUUCAAGAGCAACGCACUGCACACUGUUCGCGAGGAGAUCAGCCGCAAGUCUUUCAAGCUUGCUGAGCUCAGGACGAAACAAGAGAAGCGCCGCAUGGACGAGCUCGCUUUGAAGGAGCAGCAGGAAGAAAGGUCAAAGCUCCAAGCCGAGCUGAAGGAACUCGAUGCUGCCGCUGCAGCCGCCCUUGCGCCUUGGCGCGAGAAGACCGAGGCCAUGGAGCGAUUCCGCGCCGAGCGCCAAAGCGCCCUGGACGACGCCAACGUGCAAGUCGACAGUUACCGUUCCAGCGCGACUCAGCUUGAGUCCAAGAAUCGCGCAUGCCAAACGUACAUCUCGGAGGGGAACGACCGAAAGCUGCGCGAGAAUGAAGCACAGAUAGAUGACCUGCGGCGGGAGAUCGAGGCGACAUCAGCGACCCGAGCUGCGAUCGACAAGCAAGUUACUGCCCUGAACGACGAUAUCUCGCGAGCGUCUGGCACGCGUAAGAAUAUCAAGUCGAACAUUGACUACCGCGGGGAGAUGGCCAAGAUCGAGGAGGUCGACAAAGAGCUCGCCAGCAUUGACAUCGAAGGUGCGGCGCAGGCGCGUCGCGACUUCAACAAGAAGUACGCCGAGCUCUCACAGGAGGAGACGGACGCGCAGGGCAAGUGGCAGCUGGCGAGCGGUGUGCUGCUGCAGAUGACCGAGAACCGGAAGAAGGCCGAGCACCUGCUCAAGACGGAGUACCGGGACAUUGAAAAGGUGUACAUUGACCAGCUCAUCAAGACAAAGAUGGGCGAGCACGCCAACGCCGAUCUCGACAAGUACGGCAAGGCACUGGACAAUGCGGGCCAAAAGGUGCUCGCGUCGAUCAUUAUCCGCCUCGCGCUCGCCGAGUCGUUUGGGCAGGGCUGCGGCGUGCUCGCGCUCGACGAGCCGACGACAAACCUGGACCAGGAGAACAUCAAUGCGCUCGCCGAGAGUCUGGCCGAGAUCAUCCGCGAACGGCGCCGCCAGGCAAACUUCCAGCUCAUCGUCAUCACGCACGACGAAGGCUUCCUCCAGCGCCUCGCGGCUCACGACGUGCUCGAGUACUACUGGCGCGUGAGCCGGGACGCGUCGCAGAAGAGCACGCUGGAGAGGCAGCGUGUGGGCAUCUAG